GCCGCGGCAGAUCUAGAAACGCGGUGGUCACAGCUCAUGUGAUCGUGACUCUGAAUCAGACCUUCAAUCCCUCGCUCUGCCAGUGACUCCAAAGCUCAGUCUUGUCCGAAUCAACUGUGUCAAACUGACACGAAUGCUGGAUACACCCAAGACCCCUGUACGACGCUCUAAGCGUGGACAACCCAUUGCUUCUCCGUCCAAAUCCUCGAGACGUGGUCCUCAAGACAAAUGGUCGGGUUCCUCGGUGCACAGCCGCGCACUAGAGCCCGAACUCGAUUCGUUCCCCGAUUCUACGGACCCUUCUGAACUUGAUCCCGACCAGGACGCCCUGAAAUAUCGUGCUGUGUUCUACGACGCCUUCGAGCGCGGCGCGGGUACAUCCGCUGGGACGUUCCACGUCGGCGACGCGGUGGCAGUGGAGACGGAGGCCUUGUAUCGAGCGGAGAAAAAGCCAAGCAUCGCUGUCAUUACUGCCCUCUGGGAAAUCGUGAAGGAGGACGAAAGUGAGGAUGCGAGGAGCGACCGCAAGAUGCUCGCUAGGAUACAUUGGUUCUUGCGGCCUUCCGAGCUUCCUAAGAUCGGUGCGAAACGCACACAUCUCGAGGACGAACUCUACUACUCGCUCGAAUCACACACAGUCCUUCCCACAAGCAGCAUCCUGUCCACAUGUCUGAUCUCUGCCACGGUUGCGCCUCCCGUCCUACAGGCAUCUCCCAUCAAGAAGCGUUCACGCUGGACCUACGCAGAAGACAAAAAGAAGGUCGGCCCGUUCGUCUGCAGGACUGCAGUGGAUUCCCGACGCGGAUUGUUCUACACAUUCGAUUGGGCGGAGAUGCGUCGGAAAGCAUUGGAAGCGGAGAGCAAACGUUUCGGGUCGGGCGAGCAGUGGAUCGUGAAACCCGAGAAGAAUCGCGCUCCACCCAAGAAGAAACGGAAGCUCGCGGUCAUCAAGGAGGAAGAGGAAUCUGGGGGCAGUGAAGACGAUUCCGGUCGCUCGAGAUAUGAAGCUGACAGUGCGGACGAAUCUGACGAUGAAGGUCUGAGUGACGGUGCAUCAGAUAGCGAUGCCGGAGGUAGUGACGACCCCGACGGCGAUGAUGAUGACGAAGAGAUAGAAUAUACCGGUCCAAGGACGCCCAAACGGAAGCGCACCAUCGUUCAACCCACCCCGCACUCCAAAGCAGCUCUCAGGAAGCGACGGCGAGUGAAAGGAAAGUCUACAGCAAGCCCCGCCUCGCCCCGGAAACGCAAGUUUGUAUUUCGAGACGGCAAGGGUAUUCUGGAGUUUGACGCUCUCGCGGAUAUGCCUGAUGAUCCCUGGCUUCGGACAAUGCACGUCCUGCAUGUAGGCAGUCGACCGGACACCCUGCCAUGUCGCGAGGAAGAGUUCGAUCGCAUCCUGGGCUCGGUGGCUGAUCUGCUAGAGGAAGGCAGCGGGGGGUGUAUAUACAUUUCCGGUGUCCCUGGCACAGGAAAGACGGCGACUGUACAUGCUGUCGUACGUGAGCUCAAACGAAUGGCAGAAAACAACGAGACCAACCCGUUCACAUAUGUGGAUAUCAAUGGCCUUCGAAUACCUGAACCUGCUGCGGCAUAUAACAUCUUGUGGGAGACUGUUUCCGGGCACGACGUCGAGAAGGAAGGCCACCUACGCAUGAGCUCGAAGGAGAGCCUGAAAGCUUUGACGGCGCAUUUCAGUCGACCAGGCGGCCGCGGUCCCGGAGGCCAUGCCUGCGUGGUUCUGAUGGACGAGCUGGACCAACUCAUGACGGCAAAGCAAGAUGUGGUGUACAACUUCUUCAAUUGGCCAACGCUGGCCGGAAGCAAGAUCGUCGUUCUGGCUGUGGCAAACACGAUGGAUCUUCCGGAGCGUGCUAUGACAGGUCGAGUGCGGAGUCGCUUAGGAAUGACUCGGAUCAACUUCCAGCCCUACACAGCUGCACAGCUGCAAACGAUCGUGGAAGCACGGAUUGCGAGAGCGAACGCACCAGACGUCUUUGCGUCGGAUGCGAUCCGGCUCACAGCGAAACGGGUCAGCAAUGUCAGUGGAGAUGCUCGACGGAUCCUCGAUAUAUGCCGACGAGCUGUCGAGCUGGCGCACCAAGCUCGGAAGCCCACGACCAUCUCGCAUGUGCUUGAAGUGACGAAGCAAAUGCAGAACAGCCCGACUGCAGCCUACCUCGGCGACUGCAGUUUCCACGAGCGGCUGGUGCUGAUCUCGCUAAUCAAAGUGAUCAAGCGCCAGGGUGUCGACGAGAUCCCGUGGUCGGAGGUGCUCUAUCAGCACGAGAACUACGUCAAAGUCGUUGAAGAUCCGGAGGUCACACACUUGCGGCAACCAACACAGCAUGAGCUGGGUGUUGUGCUAGAGUCGCUGGUAGCCUGCCAGGCACUGAUCAUGGAGAGUGGCACUACGGCACUGCGCAAGCCUCUCGGGGAGCGCAAGGUUGCCUUGGCCCUCGAGCAGAGCGAGGUCGAACGAGUGCUGGGCGAUGUCGGCGGCGAGAAGUGGAGGAACCUUCUCAGUGGCUAGCCCCCUGUUGUAUCGCUCGCAUAUAUGCACACUGCUGGAACUAGCGCGCAGCGCUCCUCACAACCAUAGUCUCCUACAUCCUAUGCUGUCAAUCUCCAGGCUGAUCAUGAAGAGAAGGGACGAUGAGGAUCUCCCGGAGCGCGCGUCGGCUUUCAUUCCAGAGGCACUUAUGACUGGUGCUCUCGCUCAAGUCAGAGUCCUUUCACGCAGACGGUGACUCUUACUUCCCAAUGUCCAUCCCUUCAGUGCUCUUGUGCGCAACAUUUGUUACAUGCAGUGAAGAGGCAUGCCAUGGUAUUAUCCCAUAGCGCAUCCAGCCCGAACCCCGUGGCUGCGGCGCAGGCAUUGCAUUCCCAGCCAGUAAGCUCUUACUUUCAGCCGCGAUUUGAUGGCAUCGUGAGCGGCUCUUUACCGUAGACAUGACUAGGGCAACGAUUCGGGUCGUUUGACUGCUCCAGCUCUAGAGAGAAAAGGUAGAAAGGACCUCGACAAUCGUGCGACAUCAAAGCGUCUUUUCACUCGAGAUCCGGCAGCGAAUGUUUCUCAACACGAGAAAUCCUACUCGCUGGAUUCGUACGACUUCGUAUCAGAGCAGACUGGGAAUGGUUGACGAAUGAACGGACUCGAAGCACUUCAGCCUUAUGAUGGGGAAACCCUCUCGAAGCAUUUUUACUCUUCAGAAAGGGGUUAGAGACAGAAAACGCCCAGGCAAA